UUUACAAUAAAUUUUUUUAAUUUGUAAUACAAGUGCAUAGUAAAUUAAGAUAUACUGUUAAGGUGCAAAUUCAUGGGACGCUGAAAGCCAGCGUUGAGCGUCGUCGCGUGACGUCACUUGACGCUUGCGUCAAGAAAGAGAAGUUGGAUAUUUCCAACUUCAAGCGUCGAAACAGCGCAAGCAGCGUUGAGCCAGUAUAAUACAUGUGCAAUAAUCGCGCGAUAGAAAGGUUUUGGUGUAUUUCAAACAAAUAAACAUGGAAGAUGUAAAUAAAAUAUUUUUAUUAGUUUAUAAAAAAAAUAUUUUAAUUACUACAAUAAAAAUAAUAUCAAUAAUGUAAAAUGUAGACUUUAGAAUUGUACACACUUGCGGAAUAUGCGAGGAAAUAUGUGAAGUCGAAAACUUUAAAAGUCAUUCCUGCUUGGAAGGAUACAAUAAUUACAUGAUUGAUGAAAAUACUUUAUAUUUUUAUCCAGUAUUAGAUGAUGGGACUACAAUUAUUAGACGCAGUGAAAUUAAUAAUCAGGAGAAAAUAGUAGCAGAACCAUUUCAACAAGUACGUACGUCAACUACAUUAAAUAAAACUAAAACAAGUAAAAGAACAUCAAAAUUUAAUUUUGACGACGAAGAAACGUUGAUACUCGAGGUACAAAACAGACCUUCACUAUGGAACUAUUCAUUAUCAUUAAGAGAGCGAAACGGAAAACUAAAAAAGCAAUGUUGGGAGGAAAUUGCUCAAAUUUUUAACGGAAAAUUUAGUACAGAAGAAUUAAAAAUCAGAUUUAAAUCACUUCACGACACAUAUAGAAAAAUUAUUCACUCGGAACAUCAGGCAAGUGGAUCUGCUCGACAAGACAUAACGAAAAAGUGGUCUCAUUAUGCAUCCAUGCAAUACCUUCGUGAUUCCUGCUUGUAUAAAACGACUAUGUCUAACAUUGGAAUUAAUGAAAGGAUACAUAAUCCAUCAAGUGCAAAUGAUGACGAAGAAGAAUUAGAAAGUAUUCAAACAGGUAUUGGAAAAGGUUUUUAUACACUGUUAUUAAAACAUAAGGACACCAAUGAAGACUCAACCGAAAGAAGAAAAAAACCGAGAAAAGAGGAAACUACAAAUGCAAUCGAAAGAAUUGCCGAUGCUAUUUGCCAACCUAAUGAUUUUCUUUUACCUUCACCCCCUAUGCCGGAUGAAAUAGAUUCUUUUUUGUCUACUGUAGGACAUCGUUUAAGACGAAUGUCGCCUCGAGUACAAUUAGAUUUAAUGCAAGAGAUAUUUGACAUUACAUAUAGAGCAUUAAUAAGUAAAAAUGCGUAAAAAAUAUAUAUAACUUUUUUAAACGUGCAAAGUAAGAUAAAAAUAUUUUUGUUUUUGUUUUUUAUUAUAAUUAUUUUAUUUUAAAAUUUAUUAGGCAUAUGU